UGGCAACGUAAUCCUAAACAAGUGCAUUUUGUUGAGCCCAGAUGUGUUUGUGUGUGUGUGUGUCCAUGUGGAUGAGUUCCUUGUCUCUCUCAUCUCCACCUGUGACUAUACAACAGUACUAAUUGCUCCUCCGGCGAAUCGGAAAAGGAGAAGGAAUGGGGGUAGACUACUAUAAAGUCCUUCAGGUAGAUCGAAGUGCCAAAGAUGACGAUCUCAAGAAAGCUUAUCGCAAGCUUGCCAUGAAGUGGCAUCCUGAUAAGAACCCUAACAACAAAAAAGAAGCUGAAGCCAAAUUCAAGCAAAUCUCAGAAGCCUAUGAUGUAUGUUUUUGUGUUUUGAGUGAUCCACAAAAGCGAGCUGUGUAUGAUCAGUAUGGUGAGGAGGGAUUGAAAGGGCAGGUGCCGCCCCCUGGCGCCGGUGGAUUUUCUGGUGGAAGUGAUGGCGGACCAACGACGUUCCGGUUCAACCCCAGAAGUGCAGAUGAUAUAUUUUCGGAGUUCUUCGGGUUUUCAAGCCCCUUUGGUGGAAUGGGUGAUAUGGGUGGUGGUCGUGCUGGUGUAUCUGGCUUUCCCAGGGGCAUGUUUGGGGAUGACAUUUUCACUUCUUUUAGGAGUGGGGCUGGAGAAGGCUCUGGUAAUGUGCCAAGGAAAAGUGCACCCAUAGAGAGAACAUUGCAAUGCAGUUUGGAAGAUUUGUACAAAGGCACUACCAAAAAAAUGAAGAUUUCCAGGGAGGUUACUGAUGCCAGUGGGAGAUCCACCACAGUAGAGGAAAUUCUAACUAUUGAGAUCAAGCCAGGAUGGAAGAAAGGGACAAAAAUAACAUUUCCAGAGAAGGGAAAUGAACAGAGAGGAAUAAUACCAGCAGACCUUGUUUUCAUUAUUGAUGAGAAGCCUCAUAGUGUCUUCAAAAGGGAUGGCAAUGAUCUUGUUGUCACCCAGAAGAUAUCUCUUGUAGAAGCUCUGACAGGUUAUACGGUGCAACUGACAACCCUCGACGGAAGGAAUCUUUCGGUUUCGAUCAACUCCAUCAUUAGUCCAACAUAUGAAGAAGUUAUUAAAGGAGAGGGUAUGCCUAUUCCCAAGGAACCUUCAAAAAAGGGAAACUUGAAAGUCAAGUUCAAUAUCAAGUUUCCCUCCAGACUUACAUCAGAGCAGAAAACUGGCAUUAAGCGAUUACUUACAUCUUCAUAAACACUGGUUUCUCUCCCUACCGUAUUUUGAACCGUGUAAGAUUGGAAUUGUUUUUAAUCUCGGUUUUCGAUUUACAAAUGAAAAUUCUUGCCUUUGUGAACUGGUUUUAUAUUAGAACAGUUUGUUAGAAGUUUGAUAUUUGUUUUCUGUUUCAUGUGUUGUUUAGUUUUUGGUUCUGAUUGAAAAAUCCUCUUAACCACUUGCCUACUAGUUUCUAUUAAAAGUUUUGGCAGAAUUCACAUUAUGUGUACUUGCAGAUUAGGGUCUUUAUUUAUUUUUUGUCCUAGUUUAUCAUUGUAUAGCUUUGUUAAUCAUUUGA